GACCUCUCCUCAUUUCGACGAAUGCAACACCAGCCUGAACCAGUCUUAUCUUCCUGCGCCUCUCGUCUUCUUGGAUGUUCCGCGAGUAGCUAGCCGUAUCCCCAAGCAGAUCUUCCAGCUCUCUUCAUUUCUACGUAUGCAACCCCAAGACCUCUCCUCCUUUCGACGUAUCAACCCCAAGCUGAUCCAGUAUUAUCUUCCUGCGCCACUCGUCUACUUGGAUGUUCCUUGAGUAGCUAGCUGGAUCCCCAAACAGAUUUUCCAGUGUUGAUAGUGGAUAGUGUGAAAUUGACUGCACAUCAGAUACAUCAUCCAUGAAUCAUGAGGUCUUGGAGCGUAUACUUGAAGGAAGAGAGAAUCCGACAAAUCUAUCACUCUCACUUUUGAAGGAUAUCACAGAAAAUUUCUCGGAGGAUCGAGAAACCGGCCAUGGUGGAUUUGCAACUGUAUAUAAGGGAGUGCUCCCAAAUGGGAACGUUGCAGUAAAGAGGAUAAAGAGCAGUCACUCAAUCAAGGAGACGUUGUUUUAUCGUGAAGUUGACAGCCUGUUGAACAUUGAACACAAAAAUGUUGUACGGUUUCUUGGCUUCUGUGCUAGCACAGAUCAGAUAGCAAUAAAAAUUGAAGGAUUGAAAGAGCGUAUUUACGCCGAGGUACGAGAAAGACUACUCUGUUUUGAGUACAUCAGCAACGGAAGCCUGAGAAAAUAUAUUACUGAUGAAUUACGCGGACUUGAAUGGAACACACGUUAUGAAAUAAUUAGAGGCGUUUGUGAAGGUUUGUAUCAUUUGCAUACGGAAAAGCAAAUAUAUCAUAUGGAUAUGAAACCUGACAAUAUACUACUUGACAAUGAUAUGGUGCCGAAAAUCACCGAUUUUGGUUUAUCGAGACUUGAUGAAAUGACGCAAACCACGAGUAAAGACCGUCUUGGAUCACUAGGAUACUGUGCUCCCGAAUACUGGAGCCAGGGAAAGAUGUCUUUCAAAUCAGACAUGUACAGCCUAGGCGUUAUAAUUAUUGAACUAGUGACUGGACAAAAGGCGCUCCCCAUUAACAAUAACAAGGUACUUAGGAGAUGAAGACACAGAUGGAGGAAAAUAGGGAAGGAAACAGAGUUGGUUUACCAGCAAGUAGCAAAAUGUAUCAAAAUUGGGUUACUCUGCCAGGAAAUUGACCCGUCCGGACGGCCUUUUAUAUGGGAUAUCAUAGAUGAUAUCAGACAAGCGGAAGGUGUUAAUGGGUCAAUCAGAAAUGACUCUGAAUAUAAGUUU